AAUGGAUUUUAGUAAUGAGCUUAUAAAUUUCAUAAAAGAGUUGGCUCCAAGAAUGAGUAGCCAAGAGAUUAAUAAUGAAUUAAAGAAGGCUCAUGGCCGAAUUGAUUAUGAUCCAAAUUUAAUGAAUCAUUAAUGCAAUAAAAGCUAAUUACUUAGCUUUAUUGAAACAGAAUCAUUACAAGCAAUAGAAGAAAACCAAUAAAAAAGCAAAGAGAUUUAAGCAUAUUUGGGGGAAAUAGUUAAAAAAUGGUCUUAAUAAUGUGCAAAAGAAAAAAGGAUUAAUGAGGAUCAUUUAAAAUAUUGUUCAGCUGUAUUGUUACCUUAUGGAUCAGUAUUAUUGGGAGUGGCAGAUAGUAAAUCUGAUAUAGAUUUAAUUUGUAUAGCUCCAGAAUUUAUUGAUAGAAGAGAGUAAUUUUUUAAUGGGUAUUUAUGAUUGAAAUAUAUAAAAGAUUAUUUUAUUUGUUAUCAAAUGAAUAAGGAAUGGAAUAAAUAAAUAAAAUAGAGAGCACUUCAAAUCCAAUUAUAAAAAUGAUUUAUAAAGGAUUUCAUAUAGAUAUUAAUUUUGCUUAAUUAAAUUCAGACAGAGUUCCAGAGAAUAUAGAUGAAAAUUUAGAUGAAUUAAGAAGAAAUUUAUUAUAAAGUGAAGAUAAAUCAAUGUAUGCUUUAAAUGGUAGAAAGAAUGGUAUUUUAAUUAGUAAAUCAAUGCCUGAUCAUUCAUAAUUUGUUUAAGCUUUAAAAAUAAUAAAAUAAUGGGCAAAGAAAAGAAAAGUGUCUAGCAAUAUAAUUGGUUAUUUAGGUGGUAUUAGUUGGGCAAUCUUAAUGGCUAAGAUUUGUUAAUUAUUUCCUAGAGUAGAUGUAUGUUAAACUGUAAGUUUAUUCUUCUAAAUUUACUCUUAAUGGAAUUGGAAAGUACCAGUUGUUAUUGAUGAAUCUGAGUAAUAUUUUAUUUAUUAUCAAUUUAUAGUCCAGAAAUAGAAACAUUUAAAACACUAUGUUGGAAGAGAGAUGAAGAUAAAAGGAAUGAUAAGAUUAUGUAAAUUAUAACACCUGCAUAUCCAUUCUUUAAUACAACAUUUAAAGUUAAUAAAAUUACUUUUCAAACCAUUUAUCAUGAAUUCUAAGUAGGAGCUUAAAAAUUAGGAGAUUGGAAUGAAGUAUUGAAACCAUUUGAUUUUUUUGAUUGUUUUUAAUACUUUGUUGCAAUAUCUAUAGUUUCAAAGAGCUCAGAAAACUUUCAUAAAUGGACUGGUUUUUGUGAAGCACAAUUACCUAAACUAUUAAAAUUAGUUGGACAUAAUGAAGCUACUUAUGAUACUGAAAGUUUUGAAUUGAGAAUAACACCUGAUGGAGAAGAGAAUCUUGAAAGAGAUUAUGCUAAAUCUCUUACAUAUUUCUUAGGAAUCAAGAAAUUAAAACCAGAGGCAUGGCCUUUAUUUUUAAGAAUUCCAAUUACUUAAUUUGCAAUAGAAUUAAAUUAAAGAAAAUUAUAGAAUUUUAAAAAUGAAGAUGAAUUUAAUAUGAAAAUAUAUAUUGCUAAUGUUACUGAUAUUGAUUAAUUAAGAGGAAAGUUGUCACCAAGAAUGUAUGAUGAUUAAUAUUCUAUUGUAAAAAAGAUUAAAACUAAUCCAGAAGAUAAAAAUGGUAGUGCUUAUUUGGUUAAGAGAAUAUCUUCAAUUUAAAGCAGUGGAAUCAAUUAAGAUGUAUUAAAUGAUAUGUUUUGAU